UUUGACCGGCUUCUCGGAGGCUCAGACACAAUGAACCGUCAGACAGAGAGGGGCACGCAUGUUGGACCCGCCGUGCUAGCACGAUUUUAGCACAUUAAUACUCUCAUUCGUGCCUUUUCUUUUAAUUGACUUCCUUGUUUUUUAAACUGCUGGUACAAUGUGUGGCUGUAGCGAGGCGUAGCUGGAAGCGGUCGGUUCGUCGAGUUUGAUGAAAACGAGGUCGGGCUCAGGCUGCCGUUAGCCCCUCCUGGUGGAUUUUUUUUCUUUCUUUUUUUCUUUUCUUUCUAAAGCCAACCAAACUCAGCAGAUAACGAUGUCGUUGACUGCCUCAUCUGAUUACUUCGCCGCCGAGUGUCUGGUUUCGAUAUCCAGCGGUCCCGUUCUGCACAGACCCACCCCGGUCGCCCCCGCCAGCCAGCCUGCCACGGUGGGCCUGCUCCCCGGGGAGCCCGACGGGUCGAGUGAGGACAGGGAAGUGCGGGAGACGCUGAGGCUGGAGGGAGCCAGCAUGAUGGCGGUGGCCGGGAUCCUCACCGACCUGCACGGCAAGUUCCGCCCCAUGUCGGCCUACUCGGAGAGCAGCAACUCCUCCUGCGGCGGGGAGAGCGGCUACACCACGUUGUCCGACCCGACCACCCCUACCAUGACCCCCUCCGCCACCCCGAUCCCCGGACAGCAGCAGCAGCUCCGGGGGGGAGGAGGGGGCGGCGGCAGCGUGGGCCCCCCUCGGUCCCCGGUGAAGCGACAUCAGUGCACUUUUGACGGAUGCAACAGAGUUUACGGGAAAUCGUCGCACCUGAAGGCGCACAUCCGGACACACACAGGUGAGCGGCCCUUCCCCUGCACCUGGCCCGACUGCGACAAGAAGUUCGCCCGCUCCGACGAGCUGGCCCGCCACACCCGCACCCACACCGGCGAGAAGCGCUUCCUGUGCCCACUCUGCGACAAGCGCUUCAUGCGCAGCGACCACCUGAUCAAGCACGCCCGCCGCCACCCCGACUUCCAGCCGUCGAUGCUGGGCCGCAGCAAGGCCGCGUCCUCCGCCUCUACCCACGCCGUGCACGUUUAGGACGGAUUAGGUGUGUGGUCUCCUGCACUCAGAGUUUGCGGGACGGGGCGGCAGUCUGAAGUUAACCAGCUACAAUCAGAUCCACUGAUUCGGAUUCAGCAUUGCUGUGUAAAAUAAAUGUGCACACUUGAAUUCAUACACAAACACACACAGGGUUGGGUGUUUUUCAUCCACAGUUGCUAUGUGGCCACUAAAUACCUGUUCAAUUUAAGUCGUUUUUAAAAAAAAAAAAAGAGACCAAUAUGCGUAGGAAUCGGAGACUGACUGAGAAAUGUGCUUUGUGAUUCACCUUAUCGUUUCCUGAAAGCAGAACUGGACCUGCUGUGCUUUCAUCGGGGUCGGCGCACGAGUGUGACGUUUACAGUUUGUUUGGGAGCAGCUAACGUUCAGAAGUUCUCCUAAAACUUCUCUAAAGACAGCAGUGAGCUGGUAAAAUGUCAUCACCUCCUCACCACCUGUAAAUCCAAGACACGUUUUAUGCAAGUGCAUUGACUCCGAUGGCAGCAGAAGUGAGAAUAUCCUGUGAGACAUUGAUUUUCAGAUAAUAACCAAAAGCUCAGUUCAUUGUUGGUCUCUCUGUUGAUAAAAUAGCGGGUAAAUCAAGGUACUUCGUCCUUCUCUCAGACUUUAACGUAAGAAAUGUUGAGCUGCCCAUUAACAUGAUUUUCCUUGAACCAAAAAGAGUCACAGGUUGCUUCAGAUGCUUUAUGUUUAUAUGUUUGAUUUUCUCUCAGAGCAAUUCAUGUUGCACUCCAGGAUUGGAUAGGAGCCUGAAACAUGAAGCAGAUUUCAUCUGAUGUGAAAGAAGCCCAACCCUAAACAGGAACUCACAGUGGUGAGCCGUGACACUCAGACUGCAGGGAUUUUACACAUUUUCUGUUAGAAAAAGAAAAACUGUGCACAGUCAUCAUCAGCCAAAAGUCCUCUGGUUUCUUGUGGUUAAUUUCUAGAUUGUUGUGCUCCUUCAGUAUCAUUUAUUUGCCAGAAGUAGCACAAUUUUGUGAUAUUAGAUAGCGAAGCAGUUUUUAUUUUAAAUCUUUUUUUUUUUUGUUUGUUUGUUUGUUUUAGCUUUGCUGAUUCUACAUUUUAGUGGUGAAACAUUCCUUCAUUUUUAUUAUAUUAGCACCCGACGCUAAAUUUUCCCAAAUAUCUUUUUCCAGCAUACCCAAUUGAACUGUAGAGCAUUGCUUUUUGCCAGACGAUGGAUCAAAUUUUACUGUGGUAGACCUGUUUGCACGCCAUCCUCAAGGCAAGAUUAGUUUUCAUCCAUUAAAUGGUGACACAUAAUACACGGCAGUAUUAUGUCUAAAAUUGAUGCAAAUGUAUAUAAGCUUUAUGCUUUCAAUGUAGAAAAAUGGUAAUGCUACUAGGAGCAGAAUUAAUACGUGAUGAAUCGUAGUCCUUAUAUUAGGGGUAAAGUUAUACGCUUGAUAGGAUGGCAUUGCCUGUGAGUGUUGGUGUGUGUGUGUGUGUGUGUGUGUGUGUGUGUGCGUGUGUGUGUGUGUGCGCGUUUUGUUUUUUUUAUAUAUAUAUUUUUUAGUGACAGAACUGGGAACAGUGUAUGCAAUGGUAUCUCGAUAUUUGAGGAGUUUUGGGGGAAGAUUAGUCUUUAUGAAAAGCGCUGGCUGAGUGGAAAUGGGCGGCGGAGAUCAGCUGUGCCAGUGGCAUUUCUGUCAAAAAAACAAAAAAAAAAAAACCCAAUAAGCAUCUGAUUGUUUUCACCUCAGAUGUGGUGAAGCAUUCAGGAAGAGGGUAUUGGCAGCAUUAAUCACGGCUCUGUUCUGUUUUUUUUUUUUUUUUGUCUCACUAAACCUGACUCAGCCAGUCGUGAUAUUGGUCGAACUGUAUCUGAAGGAUACAAGGUUUUUGAUGACCCCCCCCUCCCCUCUCUGAAAAACCCAUUUCUUCAGGAUUGAUCUGCUUUGAAAAAGCCACUUUUCCAACAACCAGCCUCAAGUGCUUGUAAUUUGACUCCAGACUCCCGCUUUUUCUAGACGGCUGUCAGUCUGUACAGACCAGUUGAAAACUGAGCUGCCUGCAGUCUGGGCCUUCCCCUCAAUGAAGGAGCGUAAAGAUUUGUCCUUAUUUUAAUAUAAAAUCCAAGCAUCGCAUCUAUGAGAGAAAAUGUCGGCAUCGCAGGUCCCCGUUCAGACUGGCGCCUGUCCAAACAUCCCCUAAAAAGAAAAGAAAAAAGGUCUUGUAUAACAGGAACUGCCCCUUGAAGAAGAACUUCCUUUUUUUAACCAAAUUAAACAAACCUCAAGUAAAUUGUGUAUUUUAGAUCUAUUUACAUCCCGUGUCCAGGUGUGAUCCUAGAGAGCUUGAUUGAUGUUUUUGUAGUGUUUCCACACUGUUUGUACCGCUCAUGGACAUAUUCCUUUAUCUCAGUGAACAACACCUCUUCAGGAAACUCUGAAAGCCUUAAAACUAUGUCAUAACUACUUUGCACCAUGUUUACAGUUGAUCAUCAGAUAGGUAUAUAUAUAUCGACGCCCUCCUGCAGGCGCAUUACACAGACUCAUUAUGCAAUACCGCACUUUUUUUCUUACAGGUGUGUUUGGCUGAAUAGUGUGACGGCUAGCACUGUUACUCUGUCUCUACAUGGGAGCACUGUGGAACUUUGCUGAUGUGUUGAUAACCAAUGGUUUGCAAAAAGAAAAAAAAAAAAGAAGGAAAAACUGCCUUUUCUAAGUGCUUUAGAAAACGUGUUAACAGAACUUGGUGUUAGUUGCUUUCUUUUUUUUAUUGUUUCCUCAGUUAUCCAGGUCGUCUGUCGUGGACUCUGUCUCGUUUUCACUGUACUGACUUGUUCAUCUCCUCUGCACUAAGCUCAGCCAGAACAAAUGCAGACGUCUUCCUCCUCCUUGUCGAGCAGCUUUUCUCACUGCAGCUUCGGUUUUCCUCUCCGUGCUCGUCUCCUCUCUGUUUGGAGUUUUCGGUUGCUGCUGGCAGUAGCCUCCAACACGGGCCGUCUUCACACACUGUACUCUUUCAGACGGGAAUAUUCUGCUUCCAUCUCUCCUCACUGAUGGAAGUGUCGCGGACUCUCAAUGCUAUUUCAACAAAAUAGACCAGAACAUACCUCACAUUUUCUUAUUUUCUUUUUUUUUUUUUUUUUUCUUUUUUUUUGCAGUGUCUGUACAAAAUCCAUCCAACUUUUUUUUUUUUUCCGAAAUUCAUGUAAAGCCGCCGGGCCUUGGAUUUCUGGAUUUCUGAGUUUUGAUUCUAUCAGGUAGCUGAUCUGUCAUGUACCCUUGUCCUUACUGAUUCUAUAUGCAAACUUCACUACUACCUGUGUCGCAGCAGAAACUCUCCUUUUUGCCUCAACGAGCCUCUGUUGCUCCUGGGAGGUGGUAACUUCCUGUUCUCUAUGAUUCCUGCGCCAGAUGUCUUUAAAGGCCCUGCUGUGGCUCCGACGUGCAGAGGUAGACGAGGGGGCAUCGGGGAAAAAGAAAAGUUAAAAAAAGAAGGAAAAAAAAAAAAAGAAACCCACAGUACAAAUAUGUGUAGACUGUCAACUCACUGAACACGUCGUUUGAAAAAGCUCAGUCCAAAUCUCUCUGUUCAUAUCACUGAAUGUGGCACGACGGCGGCUGAGCAGAGUUAGUCCUGCGCCGCCGCCGCGUCGAGGAAGAAGAAAAGCGAUAAUUGGUCUCGUCACCACACUAAUUCAGAUAUGCACAUUGUACAGAAGUGGAUGUUUUGUUUUAAUUGCUUACAUGAUGUAAUUUUAAAAUCCUCCUAUUGGAGCUUUAGCCGAGGUAAAUAGGAGGAGCUGUGGAACUAAAUAAUUGCAACAAGCUGUUUUGAUAUUUAUAUUCUCAGGUGUCUUAAAAUUUGAGCAUCGGGGUUUCAAUAUUUCCUGUGCAACACCGAAGUACAAGCAUGUUUUUAUUUCUUUUGUUGUGCUGAUUAAUUUAUUACGUAUCAAACAAGACAACAUAUGGAUUGUGUGGUUUAACUAUUCUUUUCAUAACUCAUUUUGUGAUAUGGAACAGUACUAAUAUUAAAUGGUUCCAGUGUUUGCUUGACCAGUGCUUUUCUUUUUUUUUUUAUAUAUAUAAAAAUGAAUAAAAACUUGCUACGUUUACUGCU